AUGCCAACAUUUGCAGGCACUAGAGACCAGCGCAGACGCAAACUUGGCGUCGAUAGCGUUGGUCGUGUUGUAUGGCGAAACUGGGAACCUGGGAAAGAAUAUGUGCGAAAGAUACGAGUGAGAAAUUUAGAUGCUCGAGCUCAGACGAUCACGUACAAGCAACCGCUGCGAAAAUCAACGUUCUUUAUGGAUUACCCUGAUCCAGUUACGUUAAGCAGUGGUAUGAGCUUUGACAUUGAAGUACGCUUUCGGCCAACUGAACUUGUGGAAUUGCAUGAUACUGUUGUUGUUGUGGUGGUAGACCGCGGCAGCUACGCAGUUCAUUUAGAGUGUGAGUUGCCAUUCGCGAAGUUACAACUACCAACACAGCACGAUUUUGGGUACGUUGGAGUUGGAACAACGGCAGCAGAAACACUACAAAUGAAGAACGCCGGAACGAUGGCGGUGGACUUUGUGUGGGAUUUACCGUCGCCGUUUGCCAUUACACCGGCCCGUGGUGUACUGCAGGAGGAUGAGACCGUUGAUUUGAAAGUUACCUUCAGUCCAUCGGAGGCGUGUACGCUGUUGGCUCGGGCGGUGUGUACAUCAAGCAACGGUACUGAAGAAUUAGGGAAUUUGAAACUUUCAGGUAUUGGUAAAUACCCAUUUGUGCGGGCGAUAGAAGGAACUCCCAGUGAUGGCGGCAAUACCGUAUUGCUGGACUUUGGACCUCAACUCUCAUCUACAACGCGUAUUAUGACUUUUACCCUCGAAAAUCCUUCCAUGGUGGAUGCUGCCUUUUCACUAGAGGUGGCAGACACGGCGAUGACAUGCCCUUUUACUGUAAAACCCACUACAGGUGUAAUUGCACGAGGUACACAACAGACAUUUAAAGUUCUCUUCGCCCCAAGAGUAUCUGGUAUGGUACACGUGAAUGAAUUACGGGUGGUGAUAGCUGCAGGAAAUACAGUUUUUGUACAACUUCGAGGUGUAGGUGCAGCUCCUAAUGUACGUCUUUCCACCCGCAUGAUUGACUUUGGUGAUGUGAAACUUGACGAAGAGAGUUCUUUUGGAGUAGUAAAAACAGUGAUGGUAGGAGGAGAAAGAGAAGGAGGAGAGAUGGGAGGAAGAUCAACAGGUUUAGUAUCAUCAAAGGUACGACAACGUUUCUUUGCUAUUAAGAACAAUUCAGAAAUUGCUGUGAAAUUCUGUUUUAUAGCAAUAGCACCUGGAGCCGCUUUUGUGGUGGAACCAGUAUCAGGAGAGUUACCUGCAAAGGGUAGUGUACGGGUGAAGGUAGAGUUCUGUCCAACACAUUCAAUAAAUUAUCUUCGUCGAUUAUUGAUCUAUGUAGAGCAUGCAGAAGGUCUUUUGUAUGUAGAUGUCUUUGGUUCUGCCUAUGACAGUAUUAUACGACCUAUGCCAUUUGGAAUUAAAGAAGUGGAAUCAUUUUUUAAACGUCAGGAGUGUGGAUUGGGAAGUGUGGAACCAGAUGAUUUGGUUGCUAUAAACAAUGCAUUGCAGAGUGGACGCACAUAUGAUGAAGUGUCCAAUUUAAUACUAUCUAUGCAUCCAGAACUGGAUUAUGAUAUGGAUAGUAAUAAUACUAGGAGUACAAUUACUAUGGGACGUAAAAAACAGUUGGACCUUUCCUAUAUAACACCAGGAAUAUCAAAAAAUACACCUUUUUACCUAAAUACGGGGAUAUUACUCUUUUUUGCAAAUAAUAAUUAUGACUCUCAACAGGUCAUUGUAUAUAAUAAAACUAAAACUCCUGCAACUGCGUACUGGUGUUAUCCACAUAACUCUGCAUUUCGUAUUUCACCUACAGAGGGAGAUGUUCCACCGUGUUCCUUCUGUAAGUUUACUCUCUCUCCAACUUCGGCCAUGUUAGGUCCUGUCGCUGAGGAAUAUCUUGAAUGUUAUGUGAAUUACAAGCAAAUGCGUUCUUUCCGUCUGGUUGAAGAAGGUGGUUUUACACCACCCUGCUUUUUUCCUUUACAUUGUCAGUGGGGGGUUUCCACUGGAGUAGUAGAAGAAGGAACACUGUUAUCAAAUAUCAAAGUACCUGGAUCUCUGAUAUUUCCCGCAUGUCGAACUGGUGAACUCGCACACACUAUUCUUGAUUUGGAAAACCGAGGUAAUGUGGCGGUGAUGUUCACAGUUACCAUUCACACAGAUAGUAUUGAACCAAAAGAUAAUAAUGUAAAGGAUGCAACGAAUGGACAUCUUCUCACCUGUAGCCCCACCAGUGGUCUCUUACUACCACAUCAGGAUUAUCAUAUCGUAUUAUCAUUUCAGCCCACAUUUGCUAUGAGAUUUCGCGGUAAGGCCAUAGUGACUUUUAACCAUAGCGAGAGGGAUGAGGUGAGAGUGGCUUUACAAGCUGAGAGUUUUUCACCAGAACUUGUGAUUGAAGAUAGAUCUAUGAUUGUCUUGCAGCCUACAUGUGUUACAGGAGAGUCCCAUCGUCGUUUGAAGGUUUCUAAUCCAACUUGCAUUCCAAUUAUGUUUAAUGUAUUCCCAUCGUUGGAACUUAUGGAUGUUGUACGGUGUGAACCCGCUGUUGGUAUUCUUGGAGCUGGACAACAGACGGAAAUGAAGUUGAUCUUUACUCCGAACAAGGCUGAAAUGUAUGAGGGUCAGGUAAACUUUUUGAUUUCUGAUGCUGACGAAUCACAGAAAUCCCACUCCGUUAGCACCAGCAGUAGCAGAAAAGAAGAAGAAGAGGACAGAAAAAUUAUUUCUUGUCCAUGUGUGGGUGAGGGAUUCCACGCUGUUGUUGAGGUGGAACCAGUAGCAAUAGAACAUGAAGGUCCUGCUUUGCAGAAGAAAACAUUUGAAUGGACUAUUUAUAACAGCAGUGUAUGUGAAGUAUUCUACGAGGUGCGUUGGCUCUCCAUAUCAGAUAAUGUGCGAUCACAUCAAGAUGAAGAAUCACCAGUUCAGUUAAGUAACAACAAGACUGGUGUUUUGGCAGCACGUUCCCAUACGGUUGUACUUGUCACGCUUCAACCCCAUUCUGGUGUUUCCAAAUACAUUUUAUAUAUACUUGUAGGAGGUAGUGGUGUAAAAUUAAAUACAAUUCCACACCCUACAAGUCUGCAUGAAAUACGUCAACACCCACACUGUGAAGUUCGUUUGAAGGGUACAAGACCAGCUGUUCAAAUAACGGAUGUUCGUUCACUACAACAACAUCGAUCUCAAUUAUGGUGUCAAUUAGCUAUUAACAGUGUUAAUGCUGUUCUCGCUGCACCUGUACAGGCGAUUGAUUUGGAGAGUGAUUCAUUUGCUUUUAAACAGUAUGUUAAAGGUCUUGAACCUAUUUUUAUGGAUGUUGGUGUAGGUACCAUAUUGGAUUCAAAGAAGGAAAUUAUACUUCGUGUUGAAAAUGCAGGAAUGUGUGCAGCUUCCUUUAAGUUUUGGUACCCUACAGAACAUGAAGGUGGGAAUGAGACUUGGUUCAUUGAGGAUGAAGAACUGGAGGAUAUUCAACGCAUACUUUCAGAUCAGUUACUAGAGAUAACACCACGUGAAGGGACUAUUCCUGUAGGAUCACAUAAGGUAAUCACCAUCACAUACCGUCACAGUACUGUUGGAGCACACAUUCUACCUGUACUCCUCCGUCUGAGCGAGGGAAAAAAAGCUCUUCUAGUUUUGGAGGGUCGUACGGUUUUACCAGAUGCCAAUGCAUUGGCUUUUCAUCAUCCUUAUAUUUACAAUCUUCACCCUGUUGCCCUUGGCGAUGUGGAGCCACCACUACAAACUAUAACCCUGAGAAACACAGCUUCACGAGAGGUUGAAUAUGUUGUACAUGAGGAUUUAUUAAGAAUGGUGGCGGAGAAAAAUUGUGGUUUCCCAGUAUUUCAGUGUUUAAAUCCUACAGGUAAAAUUUUAGCAGGUGAAUCAGUACAACUUAAAUUUUACUUUCGUCCUUUAGAAGCACGUGAGUAUCACAUUGAUGUAGCACUAUGGACAGUGGAUGGUGAGGAGUAUGAUGUACAAUUUCACGGUAUUGGUUAUCAUCCAAAGAAGAAUUCCGCAGAAUCUAUACGGCAUAUGAUUAAUAAUGCCUUCUUAUCUAUUCCUAUCUCACCUACACUACGUCUUCCUCUUGAUAAAUGUCCUGUUGCUCUUUCUAUGGAUGUCAUACGUGUUGGGGCAGCCCCUUGUUUUUCUUUGCAUCGUCGCAUAUGCUAUUUGGAAAAUAGACACAAUCGUCAUACUUACUCUUUUGUUUGGCAGACUUCUUUAGAACCUGGAAGUUCAACAUUAGAGGUUUCACCUAACCGUGGUGUGCUAAGACCUGGUCAACGAAUCCGCUGUCAUUUUGCAAUGUAUUGUGGUAGUUUGAAUCAAGUUUUGGAAACUUCUGUAUUCUGCCAUAUUCAUAAUGAGACUCUAGCUUCCGGAAGUGUUUCUACUACUAUUAAUACUGCUGGAGGAGCUCAGAAAUCAAGGAUUGGUAAUGCUGCUAUAAUGCAAGAUAAUACAUCCGAUACAAAAUCAACAGAAGAAAAUUUAUUGAAUGAUCCUCUACUGGAUACUAAACCAUCCUUAUCUAAUCAAGGUUUUGUACGUUCUACCUGUACAAAGUUACGACCUUUGGGAUCGAAUAAAAAUCGUUUGCCUGUAACAAGUAUUCCACCUGAGUUUCAGAGUCUGCGUGUUUUGGCAGCUUCUACGGCAUCUCAUGUAUUGACUUCUCAGCAAACGUUUGUAGAAGAAGGUCCUGUUAUAGAUCAUGCUCUUGAGUUCUUUGUUCAAGCGAGAAUCAUGUCUAUAGAGUCAUAUGAACGGCUUUACGGCAAACAAGCCUUACAACAAAUGUACUUCCCCAUGCUUUGUCAAAACUUUGUUGAUCCCACUUCCCUCCAUUUAAUACAAAAGAAGGGAGAGAAAAAGCGUACGAGGUAUACUGCUGAAGAAGCAGUAGUGGCGUUGGAAGUCUUGGAUGGACUCUUACGCGCAGUUAUUGCUCGACCGCAGGUACAUGCGGCCUUCACAGAACCCAUCGUGGAAGAGGCUCCAUACUAUAGGGAAAUGAUUCUUACAACUACUAAACCUGCCUCUUCUUAUUCUUCUACUUCUCCAUCUACUGCACAAUGGAAUAAGUCACCAUCUGAACACAUCUCUUCUUCUGCAGUUGAGCUAACAAAGACAAGUACGAAGACAGCUACUUCCUCGCAAUCACCACUACCAAUGUUAUCAUCAUCACCAGGACCUUCUGUAUCUUCUGAGACGUAUGUAUCAUCUGCGUCCUUAACAAAACGAUGUGAUGGAGCUGUGUUAAACAUAGUGGAAGAGUUGCUAGCGGAUGUUACUGUUCAUGUUCUUGACGCCAUCGCGGGAGAGCUGGAGUAUUCUCAGACGGAGGUGAGCAAGGGAGUGAAGAACAACUAG